UUUUGAACUGCUGCAAGAUAUAAUGACGACAGGGAGCCAAUCCUCAAACAGCGUUAGUUUUCAGCGAAGUCUCUGAGCGGUGAAAAAGCCUUCAUUUCCACCAUGAAGUCAGUUUUUAUUGUAAUUAUUGUGGCCAUAAUCGCGUACUUUCUGUUCAGGCCUACGACAUUCACCGUGCAAAAUGACAUUUUCGUGUAUAAAUUGCCGGAAGACGUGUAUGAAUUUAUGUCGGAUCUCAAGAGGACAAUCGAGAAACACUCAAUUGGAGGGAAAUGUACCUUGAUGAAACAACGAACAAGGAAGGAUGGUAUGAGAGAAAAGUUGUAUCUGGUGGAGAAGGCGGUAGCACUGUUUUGGGAUUAUGAACUUCCACUUAACAUGGAAAUACGCUUGACAUUGACAAAACCAAGUGAAGAGCUGCGAUACAACUUCAACUUCGCUCGUGGUUAUCUGCUUAAAGUUAGCAGCAGAAUCACCUUUGAAAGGCGUGAGGGUAGGGUACUGCCCGGGACGUUCUUGACGGAGAAUCUUACAGUCACAUGCCCCUGGCUGGCACAGGCUGUUGUUUCCAAGAGUCUUGAAGAGUCGCACAAGGACACCUUGAUCAGCUUGAGGAAUGGGUUGGAGGGGAUGCCGUUACCCAAGGACAAGACAAACAAGAUGAGGGAAGAGAUGGAAGACAGACAGGAAGAAAGGAAGAUGAGAACUGAGAAGAAUAAAGAGGAGGGAACAUCUGACAAGAAGGACAAACCGAGGAAGAAAGAUGAAGCAAAGAAGCCAUCAGAUGGACAAGAGAAAAAUAUAUCAAAGAAAGAGAAACGGGCAACUGCUGAUAAGGAUAAGGAGAAGCCACAAAGUGAAGACGCAAAGCAAAAGACAGUGGAAAAGGGAAAGAUGAAAGAUUCUCAAGCAGAGAAGCAAGCACCUACAGGCAAGCAGCCGACUGCAGAUAAGAAAGCAGAGCGGGGAACAUCCCAGGAUGCAAAGGAAAAACCCAAACAAGCAAAGAAGGAUGAAAAGGUGAAGACUACUGAGACGAGGAAGGAGGAACGCCAAGCUGAGAAUGUCAAAAGAGAGGAGGAUGGUGCGAAGGAGAUAAAAGAUGCUGAAGAGGCAAAGAGAGAAAGAAAAAUUGAACGCAAUGAGCAGGUUACGAAGAAGACCUCCGAUAGUGGAAAGGAGGGUGCAAUGGGAGAGAAGUCAGUGGAAUCAGAAAACAGGAAAGCGCCAAAGGAGGAGAGAGAGAAGAUUGUAAACUCAGGAAAAUCUGAGCAGAAGCAAAAAGCAAAGACUGGAGGUUAAAGGUCAGGGAUCAGUGUCCAAGUGGAAAAUUGAACCUAGUGCUAUAAAAGAAUGCCUUUUUUGAAAGAUUCAUUCGUAACUAGCAAAUAAAAGGUAAUUUGGAUAAUACAAAAAUAGCUAAACAUGCACAUUGUGUACCACUGUGAACACAAGUUCUGAAAUUGAUGCAUGACUUGCAAUAAAUUUUUAAAACGAAACUUCAUUGGAACCAGUGAGGCAGAUCAGUUGAAACAAGCCUGUUAUAGGAUAGUGCUUUCCGACUUGUUCUCGUUCAGGCAAAUUAACAAACAAGGAAAGAAAUAUAAAAAUAUUGUAAAUUGUAACAAUCGAUGCCCAGUAUUUCACUAUAUUUAACGAUGCAAUUACUUAUGUGUGAAUUGAAAAAUAAUUUAUUAAUUCAAUGAGUGAUUUUUGAAAAAAUGUCUGAGAGGCUUUGAAGAUCUUCUUUAUAAGCAGUAUUGCUCAAUAUAGAUUUGUUUUUUAUAGCAAUCUGAUACAGAUGCUGUUAGCCUCUUUUAAUUUGUAUUCAACUGCAAAUGGUAUUCUAGAGGAUCAGUGAGUUUUUCAAUCAUUUGGAAUUCUUGCAAUUGGAAAUGCAUCUCCACUGCUGAUCAUAUAAAACAAGCAAGCAAUGCUGUCAUUUUGCAUGGCCCUCUGGAUGCCGAUUAUCACAACUCAUUAUUCUGUUAUUUCACACGCUCUGUUAAGCAUACAACAAUAUAGAAUGUACCACCAUUAUCUGGGGAGUAGCUUGCAAUGGACUUACAUCCCUCUCCAGGGGCAUUAGAAAUAUCAACAGUCACUUUAUGCUACCAAAACAGGAUAUUCAUUCUGGUCUGGUGGGCCACAUUGCCUUGUGAUAGAUUUUACUUACUAUGGUGACACUUUGGUGCUCCACAAGUGCUCUUGAGGUGCAAGCUUUUUACUUUGAGCACGAGGUAUACAUGUACAUGUAGCUCAACAAAUACUCCGUUGCUUUUUAACAGCACGCAUGUGCAAUUCAGUUACACUCAAACCACCCUAGUCGGCCUAUUCGUUGAAAUUGUGUACAGUUAUUUUCAUGUGAAUGUUCCCUCUGUAAUGAGAAAUAAAAUUGACUGUUGAUUACCAGUGGUUCAACCAUAUUCUUAGGCCUGGCCCCAAAUGGU